AUGUUCGUCACCGGCCAUUCACCUAAAUCACUGCCAGCUAUCUCUGUGGUGGUCGGCACGGCGUUGAACCUGCUCGACUGUAGGCCAUCCAGGUGCACCUCCGUCAGCAGGCCAUUGCUCAUCAACAGCCACAAAACGUCAGUCGCGCCGUCGCGCUGUAGGACAACACCAGCAAAUGGCUGCUGUGAGCUUCGCGCGAGAAGCAUUGCACCGUUGUUUUGCACAACGUCGACUAUUUUGACUAUCGGCGGCGUGGCAAUGCCCAGGUCAGACAACACGUGCACGCCAUGGAGAAGUGAAAACACCAGAGCACGGUCCGAAAGCGUCAGCACCAAGUACGGCGAGCCGCCGACAGAAAAACUCGGCAGCACGUUGCUGCGAAGACGGGGCGGCAUAGCCUCGUACACGUUCAACGGCGUGCGGACGGCGGAGACGAACACAAAACCUUCAUUCCUCGGGUGGUGUGAGGUUGGCAUGAGCGCCAUUGACACCACGUGGUUGUCGCAGGGGCCGAAGAGCACCGUCACGCUGACGGGUGGUGUGCCGGACGGAAAAGCAGCAGGUAAUGGCCGCUGCACACGCUUACGCGCUGCCAGCUGUGUGACACUGCAGUGCGUCAAAAGCUCCUCGUCUGACCUUUCCACCACGUCGCGCUUGAACGGCGCAACGCCGUUGGAGUACGGCCCCACACUGUGA